AUGGAGGAUAUUGCAAAUAUACGAGUGUAUUAUAACGGUGAGAUUAUACCGAAUACACACGAAGGAGUGAGUUUUGUUUGUGAAUGUCCAUUUUCAUUUGCUAUUCCAUACAGCACGAGUUUUAUAGAGUUGCAAAAUGGUCUUUGUGUGAACAUACAAAGUCACAUUUCGAAAAGGGUGAGCAACAUUUUGUAUAGGAAUCCUAUGCAAGUAUUUGGUGGACUGAUACAGUUUCAAAUAAUGUCCAUCACUGACGAUGCAAGCAUGCAGCAGAUGUUCUAUAUUUAUCGACAAAUCCGAUUUCACGUGCCGGUGAUAGAGCUGUACGUUGAGUUUGAACAGCAGUCGGGGAUGGGUACGGUCGGCGACGAGGUCAAUGUUGAUGAGCUCGGGGAUAUAGAUUGGGAAGAAGAAAAUAAUGACAGCGAAGAGGAAUUCGAAGCUAACUAUGAAGUCGAUGACGAAAAUGAUGACGGAGACUUGGCAGGCAAUUCGGCGGUGCAGAAUGAGGCGGAUGUCAUUGUAAGCCACCACCCGUUUGGUGUGCCGUCUUUUAUGCGGACUCUAGAUCUCGAAGCCAUGCAUGCCCCGGAAUUUCCUGAGUAUGCGAAUACGGGUGAAGGCAACGUUGCGGCGGAAGAUGGCGAGUUUAGUGUCGGAAUGGAAUUUGGUUCGAGAGAGUCGACAUUCUAUGCGAAAUGCAAGGGGUAUGGUGCAGGGUGCGACUGGCUUAUCCGAGCUAGCUUGAUUCGAAAAAAAACUUUUUGGGAGAUUAGGAGAUACAAUGGCAAGCACACGUGCACCGUGGGCACGAUUUCCCAAGAUCAUGCCAAGUUGGACUCAGACACAAUUGCAGAUGCCAUUAGGCCGUUGGUCGAAGCAGACCCCUCGAUAAAGGUGAAGUCUGUUAUUGCAGAAGUUCAAGGCAGGUUCAACUACACUGUGACUUACCGCAAGGCUUGGUUGGCAAAGCAGAAAGCUGUCGCAAAAGUUUUCGGUGAUUGGGAAGUUUCUUACCAGACUCUGCCAGUAUGGUUGAAAGCAAUGACAGUGAAGAUGCCAAGGUCUCGUGUUCAAAUUAAAACGUUACUCGUUUACCGUGAGAGUCAGGAGGUUCAAGGUGUAAGAGUUCUUCACCGCGUGUUUUGGAGCUUCUAUCCGUGUAUUGUAGCAUUCAGACACUGCAAGCCACUGGUGCAGGUUGAUGGCACGCACCUGUACGGAAAAUAUAAAGGUGCACUUCUGGUAGCGGUUGCACAAGAUGGGAAUCAGAACAUUGUGCCUAUUGCAUUUGCGAUUGUCGAAGGCGAGACGGCAGACGCAUGGGAGUUUUUUCUAACUAAUUUGCGGAGAUAUGUUGUUACCAUUGAUGGUGUGGGUAUUAUUUCUGACCGCCAUACCUCCAUCGACGCUGCAAUAGCUCGCAGUAACGGUGCAUGGUCACCACCAAAGGCGUGGCACAUGUACUGCAUCAGGUACAUCGGGUCCAACUUCUUAAGGAGGUUCAAGGCUCCAUAUUUGCAUAAACUCGUGGUGAACACAGGCUAUUCUAGGACAGAGCAGGAGUACAACAAAAACUACCAAAGACUUAAAGAGCGGGGUGAAGCAUAUACUCAAUGGUGCGAUGAGAUCGGUGUUGAGAGAUGGGUGUUGGCAUUCGAUGGUGGUCAUCGUUGGGGUCAUAUGACGACAAACUUGGUAGAAAGAGUACUGAAGCUCAUGAGCGUCUUCGCAACGGAUUCACGUAUUCAGAAUUCGCAACGAAGAGAGUUGAAGAAAGCUUCCGACGUCUUGAUUGGCAAGUGUACGACCGGUUCGAUAGGCGCAACGAGAAUACAAAUCUGA